AUGGAGCAUAUUACUGCGAGUCCGAUGAUCGAUUACACCGCGACAGCAGCUUUCCAAGCCGUCAUAGAAAACACAGCAGUUCCCGGCAACGACACCAGCUACUGGGAACCCGACACCCAACGGGACUUGUUGACGCAGUUUGUUAUCAGUAUUACACUGGGAUUAGUCGCCUUCUUUUCGUUUUGUCUUCUGCGACCGAAGUGGGCUGAGCUGUAUGCUGCGAGACGCAGACGACGAAAUGCUGCCUCGUCGCUGCCUGAAUUGCCGGAUACCCUGUUUGGCUGGCUCCCAGUUCUGUAUAGAAUUGGCGACGAAGAGAUAUUGAACUCGGCAGGGCUGGAUGCUUAUGUGUUCCUCUCGUUCUUCAAGUUUGCUCUCAGGUUCCUUUCAGCGACUUUCUUUUUCGCCGCGACUAUCAUUUCACCCCUGCAUUGGCGAUAUAUUGGCAAAACAGGAAUCCCCGGAAUCGACCGCCCUCCCACCGAUGACGAUGAAAAGAACAAGACUGAUCCUACUUACUUGUGGAUCUACGUCAUCUUCCCUUACGUAUUUACCGGUAUCGCGGUUUAUUUGCUCAUCCAAGAAACGAAUAAGAUUAUUGGUAUAAGGCAAAAAUAUCUAGGAACUCAGACGUCAACAACCGACCGCACAAUUCGACUGUCGGGUAUCCCUCCGGAAUUGCGAUCGGAAGAGAAGAUUAAGGAAUACGUGGAAAGCUUGCAAAUUGGAAAAGUAGAGAUCAUUUCUUUGUGUCGAAACUGGCACGAAUUGGAUUCUUUGAUGGAAGAGCGGAAGAAAAUUUUGAAGCAGCUCGAGCGAGCGUGGACAAAGCAUCUUGGCUACAAGCAGAGACAAAGGUACAACGAUACGCUGCCACUGGUGCAUGCAGCGCGCGUCAGAUCAGAGAGCAUUCGGUCCGAGUCGGGGACGGAGAGUUCACAGCUUCUUGGAAGCGAAGAUGGAAGAGUCCCUGUUAGGAGACAUGAUGACGGGCGUCCGAAGCAUCGUAUGUGGUAUGGUCCGUUGAGACUGCGGUACAAGAAUGUCGAUUCGAUCGACUAUUUCGAAGAAAAGCUCCGUCGACUGGACGAAAACAUUGUAUCUGUGCGGCAGAAGGAUUACAGUACGAGCGGGCUUGCGUUUGUCACGAUGGAAUCGAUUGCGGCGUGUCAAAUGGCCGUACAGGCUGUUCUCGACCCUAAUCCGAUGCAGAUGGGGGCGACCCUUGCCCCAGCUCCAGCUGAUGUGGUAUGGAAGAACACGUAUAUAUCUCGUUCAAAUCGCAUUUAUCGGUCCUGGUCGAUUACCGUAAUUAUUGGCUUUCUGACCGUGUUCUGGUCUGUACUUUUGGUGCCUUUUGUGUCGCUAUUGAACUUGAGCACAUUGCACGAGGCUAUCCCUGGUCUCGCAGAUGCUCUCGUACGGCAUCCACUGGUGGGAUCACUCGUUCGGACAGGUAUGCCGACGCUUUUUUGGUCUUCGUUGACGGUCGCGGUGCCGUUCUUGUAUAGCUGGCUCUCAAGUCUUCAAGGUAUGACAUCUCGAGGAGACAGGGAGUUGUCUCUUAUUUCCAAGAACUUUUUCUUCUCGUUUUUCAACCUAUUCUUCCUCUUCACAGUGCUUGGUUCGGCGUCCAACUUUUGGGAUUUGCUCAAACGGCUACAAGAAUCAUUCAAAGAUGCGACCACAAUUGCUUUUGCACUUGCUAGAUCGUUGGAAGACCUUUCUCGGUUUUAUAUCAACCUGAUCAUUCUUCAAGGACUCGGCCUAUUUCCCUUUCGAUUGCUAGAAUUCGGAAGCGUGAUUAUGUAUCCCAUCAACGUCUUGUCGGCCAAAACCCCCCGUGAUUAUGCGGAACUAUCAACUCCGCCGAUAUUUCGCUAUGGCUUUUCUAUCCCGCAAACAAUUCUGAUCCUAGUCAUUUGCAUCGUGUACAGUGUCUUCCCCAGCUCCUGGCUGAUUUGUCUCUGUGGGCUGGUGUACUUCUUCUUUGGACACAUUAUAUACAAGUAUCAGCUUUUGUAUGCAAUGGAUCACCAGCAACACUCGACCGGCAGAGCGUGGCCGAUGAUAUGCAGCCGAGUGUUUCUGGGUCUGGUAUUCUUCCAACUCGCUGUGAUCGGCUCACUUGCGCUUCGUCGCGCCGUCACCAAGUCCUUGCUUCUCCUCCCUCUCCUCGUGACGACUGUCUGGUUCACCUACUUUUUCGCACGCACCUACGAGCCAUUAAUGAAAUUCAUCGCCCUGCGGAGCAUCGACCCAGACAACCCUAACAACAACGGCGACUCGGAGAACUCGCUCGGCUCGCCGACCCUCGUCUCCCCUCCCUCCGGCCUCGACCGCGACUCACUUCUUAUUCUAAUCGGCGGUCGUGAGAUAGGCCUACGCUUGAAGAAAUACGUGAACCCGAACCUGACCAUCCCGCUCGACGGGCCAUGGAUUCCUAGUACCGAUGGCUCGAUUAUGGUCCGGCCCAGUACAUAUGAUGAGAGUAAUAAUGGUGCUGUCUAA